GCUAAUGAUGACGUAAAGACAUAGAAACAUAUUAUCUAGAUAUCCACUCAUACCUAUUUUGUAAUUAUCCCAUGCAUUCUUCGAAAAAAACCCACUACAAAUAAAAUUAUAUGAGAAUCCAUGUACCAAAUAAUCCACCGACUGAUCCCCAUUCUGGAUCUGGUGUUAAUUUAAAUCAAAGCGUAACUGCAGUGUCUAUUCUACCCUGCUUAGAGCUAGGCCUUGUGCAGGUCCAGAGCCUGGGGUCCGGAAGGAUCAUCGAUACAAACAUGGACCUGGUAAGCAAACCCAGAGGCAAGUCCCUCGUUUGGCUAUAUUUUGGGUUGAAAGCAGACGAGAGAGGACGCCCAUUAAAUAGCGGCGAAGCCAUAUGUCGGUUGUGUAGAAAAAUCGUGUUGGCAAAAGGCGGAAAUACAACCAACCUGAGAAGUCAUCUGAAACGUCGACAUCGUGCAGAUUUCUUCGAAGGCAGUCUGUCCACGACUCCUGGGGCUCUAUUAGAUACUCACGGUUUGGAUUUAAACGGUGAAGACUAUUUUGAAGACACUUCUCUACUUCAGCCAGUCUCCAACCAGAACUAUGUCCCAGAUGCCGUGUUGCCACCUGGUGAGCCUUGGCUGCAUGGUGGCCCCUCCAGAGCUGUUUUGUCGCUGCCCUCCUGCCUUGGGCUUUGUGGUGUACAGGGGUCUGGAACCUCAGCUGCUGGACCAUCUUGUGUGGAGCAAAUGCAAGAAAUCAAAGUGUUUGCCAAAUGUCAUCUCCAGCAAGGAGUGAUUUUUGGACCUUACAUAGGAGAGGUUUGCCGGACACAGAUGCCCUCUUGCCUGAAAUAUGCCUGGGCGAUCAGGGACGACGCCUCGUUUGUUUACGUGGACGCCUCUGAUGAAGAUAAAUCCAACUGGAUGAGGUUUGUCUCAUACACCAGCAGUGAGGAGGAUCAGAACCUGGUCGUCUUCCAGUUCUACCGUCGUAUCUACUACAGAGUGUCGCAGCCUAUUGCUGAGGGAACACAGCUUCGGGUCUGGAUUGGAAAGGACUAUGCCUCCCUCCUGGGCCUGGGGAUGGGUGAGAAUGUGAAAUGCGAACUUGGAGACAAAGAGUCGGUUCUGCGCCUCUUGCAGGACAUUCAGCUCAUCACCCUCCCAGAGCCCAGCAGCUCCUCUUUGUGGUCUGACUGCAGCCAGUCACAGAGUCCCAUGCCAGUUAUCAGUGAAGUCUCCACGAUGUCCAACUCAGAGACAAUUAUCGAUUCAACUAACAUCUCUGCCCUGGUGUCCAGCUCUCACCUGCCGUCUCUGACCUCACACCCAUCAGAUAAGUAUGAUUUCAUGCCUGGCACUGAGAAACUGGUGAGCACCAACGCCAGAGCGAACAGCUGCUGGUACUUCGUGGGGUUUGAACCGGACCCUGCAGGUCGCCCACUGGACCACAGUUUGGUGGUGUGUAAACUCUGUGGAGAUCACUUGAGCUGUACCAAAGGAGCAGACGACAUCCAGAACCACUUGAUCGCCAAACACCAGAUCAGAACCCAGAACAGUGUCAGGGAGCCAAGCCAGGCCAAAGGUCAACAACGUAUGCUUUCAAACCCUGGUGCCCUGAUGACUCAGACCAUUCUACUACCAGCAAAUGUGACGGACGCCAUUGCCAACUUCCUUAUUCAGGACCUCCAUCCUGUGGGUCUGGUGGAAGGAGAGGGCUUCAAACAGUUGAUCAACACGCUUCUACCCUCCUACUACAAGUUGCUGCCCUUGCCGUCCCUCCUGGAGGUCUUGCUCAGAGAGCACCAUGUGAAGGGCAAGACGGGCCUGGCUCAGUUGCUGAAGAGGAGAUCUGACAGCAGAGAAGUCAACAUCAUGCUGGACCACACCGCUCCAAUCGAGGAUGAACCCAGAAGACCUGCCAGUGUGAGAGAUGUACCCCACUCUGUCACGCUGAGUGUGGAUAUUUGGAACCAUAACUGGCAAGGCAAAGUUGUAAAGUACCUCUCCCUGUGGGCUCAUUUCAUCGACCCAUGCUUUAGUUGUCAGAAUCUCACGCUGUCCACUCAGCAGUUAAAUGACUGCACCGUGAGCCUGGAGGCAGUGGAAGCCCAAGUGAAGGUUAUGGCUCAGGAGUGGGGCAUCUCCCAACCAAGUCUGAUAGUAGUGGGAGGGGAAGGACGAAACAAGAUGCAAUUUAGGUCCAUAAAAAUGGAGAAGGGCAAUGAGGCUGCAGAAAGUAUCCCUCACCCAAAUUCCACGACCUUUCUUGAGAGAGAUGACUCGAGGACUCCUGAUGAGCAGAGCUGCCACGAACCCGGCCAAUCCAGUGAGGCACUUCCCUCUGUGCCAUGUUUCUACAGUGCUACUCAAAAUUGCAUCGAUGAAGUGAUGGCUCACCCGGUCAUCUCCAGCACCUUGGCUCACUUCCAGGGUCUCCUUUCCACUUUUGUCCAGUUAUCCUCUCAAUUUAUCGGAUUUUAUCCCCACAACUUCCAGAACCUUCUGCCCAUGCUGACCAAACAUGAGCACGCGGAGCUGUUCUCCUGGGCUCACAGCCAGCCCACCUGGAAUAACCUCUUUCCUGUGCUCAGUACGGUCACCAAACACAGGACCAGCAUAUGUGAUGCUGUGAAAGAGAUUGAAGGUUUUGCUAAAGACAACUGGGAGUCAACCUCAUCAAAUAGUCACUUCUCCUCCAGCAUCAUGCCGUCGGGGCUGGUACCGCCUCGUUCGGAGUGGAAGAUUCUUGAGGACCUUUGUUUGAUUCUCAAACCUCUAGAUGUGGCUUGUCGAACCCUUGCCAAGGAGGACCACCCCCGUCUGUGUCUACUCAAGCCUAUUCUGACUGGCCUCCUCUCCCGCCACCUGGUGUCCAGGUCUGGGGACUCGUCCCCUCUCAUGAAGGAGGUGAAGUCAACGAUAAGACAGAAAUUAACAAGCUGCUAUAACCACCCGGAGAUCAACAGGGUUUUGUGUGUGGCCUGUGCGCUGGACCCUCAGUUCCAUGGGCUCUUGUUCAUGGAGGAAAGGGAGCAGAAGGAAACGUUUGAGUGGUUAAAAAAAGAAGCUGUGAGGAUUGUGAGGGAACAGCAUGUCAGGCAGAAAAACAAAAUCCAGAGGAAGAGGAGUUCAUCACCCGAGUCGGAGUCUGACAGCGACCCACUGAGACGUAGCAAGAGAUUAAAACAUUGCAGUCCAAUUGGUGUCAAAGUGGUGGAAGAAUUGUAUGACGAUAGUGACCCGGGGCAAGCAGAUGAUUCGGACUAUGAAUCAACAUCACAGACUGGGCUGUCUGGGAUGGAGUUCCUGCUGGGAGAUUUGUUCUCUUCCACACCCAAGAGACGGGAGAACUCUGUGGAGGAGUCAGUGGACAUGGAGAUAUCUGUCUUUAGGGCAGACAAGGGGGCAUCUUUGGGGGUGGAGCCGGUGCAGUGGUGGAGGACAAAAGCAGCUCAGUUCCCAAUACUGGCAAAGGUUGCGCGAGUCUUUCUGGCUGCUCCGGCUGUGAUCAGUAACACAGCACAUUACUUCUUACAGAACGCACCAGGAGCAUCGUCCUUCAGGAGAGACAACAUUCCUCCAGAGAUGCUGGACACAAUCUUGUUCCUGCACCACAACCAUAUGACUGUUGAGGGAGGUCAGCUUGCACUGAAGAAUGAAGAAAGACUGUAGUGAUGUCCAGAAGUAGCUACUUUCAUACAUUCCCCUCUGUUUAACCUGUAACCCAUUUUCAUAUGUUCUGCACCAUGAUUCUUAACUGUUUCACCCAUCCUCCAUAGCACCUUGUGCCUUCGGUCACUCUGAUCAAAGUGCAAAGGUAGAGGUUUGAAACUGUUUGACCAAAAUGUAUCUUGAAACUGUCAUUUAUAUAUUUCUUUACAUUUGGUUAAAAAGUUCUUCUUUUUAGGUUUCAUACUAGUUUCUUCACUCCCAACUCGUUCGUAGUUUAGUGUGCCGAAGGUCUGGUGGUCUCCUUGGAACUUGCUGAUACACUAGAUGCUGUAGUUUGCUGUGUACGCAUGAUUAAAGUUUUUGUAUUUUGAAUCACUUGUGGAGGACUUGAAGUCAGUAUUUGAGAAUGAGUCCACUUUACCACCUGGGAUUUUUACAAUUCGUGUCUGCUGCUAAUGACAAGACUGUACAAAAGUACAAUUUAUUUCAAAUAUUUAUUGAACUCUAAUUCCUACUUGUAAAUCAGUGGAGACAUUGUGGGAUGAGUACAACAGCGGGAUCUCGUUACAGUGAGAGUAACUGAUAAACAGUUGUGAAUUACAGGUCGAGUAAUAGUCAUAGCGACAGCAAGGCUGGUGGUGGAUGGAGGGCUGGAGGUGCACAUACAGUAGGUAGACCGACAGGCUGAAGAAUGGAGGUGUAGACAAUG